GUGGAAUGUGUACUGUGCAACCUCGGGUCUCACCCUUAUGUGACUAAAUCGUCUGACUCAAAUGAUUUAGCAGAAAGUGAGGAAUUGAUAAUUAUAGUUUUGCAUCACCUCAGCCGUGGAGCUCACCAUGUCCUGUUUGUGAUGAAAAACAUGGGAAUUAUGGAUUAUAUGGCAAAUGAUAUAGAAAUGAAACAGAAUAUUGUCUUACCUGCAACACUUCAAAAUGUGACCCCAGGUCAUGGCAUUAC